UAUUUUUAGUAAUAACUUAACUCCAGCGCCACUUGGCAGCACGUUUUUGCAAUGAUAUUGUCAUAAUACAGGAUCAUCUGGCAACCCUGAAAUACGAAACAGAAGAAGCAGCAACACGAGAGGAGAAUGACAGCUGAACAGAAUUGAAUUUAUGAUUGAGUAAAUAACGCAACUAGGCUAAUACAACAAGUAUCAUUACAUGGUGUCAGGUACGGAAAAACCUGCGUACAAGACAAAUUCAACAUGAGCGAAGUGGAAGACCUAAAAAACGAAAUAAUAGCUACGACACCAAUGCAAAACACACCGCCACAAAGCGUACUUCCACAAAUUCCGCUUCCCGGACCCCCAAACAUAAAAGAUGGCGACAUAAGUGAAAACCUCAGAUACUUUAAACAACAGUGGCAAAACUAUCUUUCUGCCACAGGGCUAGUACACCAACACGAGGAAGCAAACAAAGCUAUCCUACUAACAGCAGUAGGAGACGAAGUCUUCAAACGCUACGCUAACAUGCCCAUACCAGAAGCCGCUACAUCAACAGCGAGCUCGCUACUGCACGAAAUUGAGAAACAUGGCUCUAAUAGCCAUAUUUAACAUGGCCAAACAAGACCAAGAUGAA